AUGGAAAAACUACCGAAAUCGUCCAAAGGACACCGGUUCGAUAACAGUUUGAUAUGUAUUGAGUAUCCUGGGGCGAUUUCAAACGUUGACCGUAUGUUGCAUACACUUGGUGGCCUGCGUGAAAUCAGUACCACCUUUGAACAAGAUAAACGCCGCAUAGAACUACGCUUUCGACCCGAUUGCAUGUUCGCGAAACCGACCUAUGCUGACGGUGCAGGAGCAACAGGUCUAGCCCUCAAAGUAGUGGUGCGACGGAAGAAAACGAAUCCGGAUGAAGCGGUUAUAAAAUCGACCAAAAUUAUCGGAUGCGUACGGCGGAUCUACAAAUUCAACGCAAUGUGCGAUUUUCAGCAGCUGCCGGUUUAUCGGAAUGCUGAAAGUAGAAAGGUGGAAUGCCUGCACGACGAAAUCGUUCCUAAAGGUGUGUGCACUACAAGCCCCUUGGAUCGCAAGACCGAGAUUCCGUUCUUUCUGCCUCCGACCUGCUUCAGCCGCACGGAUGUGGUGAAUUUUAGUGUGCUUCGCGAGAAAAAAUUGACAGACUCGGAAAUUCCGGCAGAACGAAAGUCGAGACUGCUACGACAAAAGUACGGCAUAUAUCACCCGUACACCAUGACCGAACCCAUACCGGCGCAAUCGAACAAAAAGUACCAGGAGAUGCUGGCUACUCGGAUGAUCCCGAAGAAGAACAUCGAAGACAUACAGGCGGCAUUCGAUGCGAGACCGAUAUGGACCAAGAGUGCGCUGCGGAACAUCAAUCGGUUCGAUAUCAGCCACGACACGAUCUCAACGAUUCUGCCAGCCGUCGGAUUCUACUACGUGAACGGCCCUUGGCGGGGCACCUGGGUACGGUAUGGGUACGAUCCGCGAAAGCAUUUCGAAGCCAGGAUGUACCAGCUGUUGGACUUUCGCGUACGCUCCAUUGAUGCGCUGCACGAGUCGAUUAAAAUUAAACGACGUGCCACGGGCAAACUCAACUACCGUAUCGGCGGUAUGCAGGUUCCCAAAGAUGAGCAACCCACCUAUGAAAACAGCAUCUUCACCGAAGAUACUGUCCCACAUCAUCGCAUCAUAUUCUACCAGUACUGUGACAUUCAUUUGAAAAAAAUCAAAGAAAUGCUAAACAAAGUGCCAUCUCCUAUGAGUGGGACAGUUUGCGACGAACGCAACGGCUGGCUGCCGAACCGUUUCGAUGACCAAUGCCGCAACAUAAUGAUGGAGGUGGUUCUGAACAAUAUCCGCAAACUGCGAGCAUCGAAUCCGGAAGCCUACGAAGAAAUGGACUCCGUUUCGGAGGAUGCAGAUGGUUUGGCAGAUUUAAGCGAAGUGGAUGAUGAACCACUUUCAGAUGCAAGCAUGGGGUCGGUUGAUGAACUGAAUUGA